CUUAGUCAAAAUAAGCCUGAUCAUCUUGACAACUACGAUACAAUUCAGUUUACUUUAGGAUGGGAACCAGACGAGCACUCACUUGAUGACAUACGUAGUCUCUUGGAGGAAGCAUUUAAAGAAUUAAACAAGAGAAUUAUUGUACAAAGCAUUCAUCGUGGGAACUCUAUCAUUGUCAUCUGUUAUGGUCCACAUCAUUUACUAGCUGCUCUUUUUUUGGAAGUACAUUACAACCUAACUGUCUUGAUGAAGGGAUUCAGUUUAAUUAGACUAACCAUUGGCCACUACACUGUCUAUGAUAAAAGGAUCAGAUACAAAGUGAUGAACAAUGAGUGUCUUGCAGAGGAAAUUAAACUAGCUGAUGGAGAUGAAUGUGAACUGAUAACUUUACUUGAUUACAAAGAAGGAUCAAUAUUUGAACAAGAUAAAAAACUGAUUAUCAUCAAAAAAAGAAAAGAGUAUAUUACAAGGACACUACAGACACCAGAGUCUAAACUAAAAGUGAAGCUACUAACUGAAGGGAAGUUGAUAAAUGAAAUAUUCAAAUCAAAAGAAUCAGAGGCUCAGUGUUUCCGAAAGCUCAUCACAGGAAGAGAGGAGGCAUUAGUGGAGUAUAAGAAAGAGAUUGAGCUACUACAAGAAAAAAUAUCAAUAACUAGUGUACAACUGCUGAUGACUCAAAAGGCAAAGAUUGAGAAGAAGGACCAGUGUACACAAUCACUGGAUACACCAACAGCAGAAUCUAUUUACACAGCAUGUAUUGACUAUCAUGGAAUAUGGAGUGGUCAUCUUUCAUUCAGUGAGGGAGAGCAGCUGGAGAUAUAUGACAAGUCUGAUAGUUUUUAUUGGAAAGGAAGAUCCUUGGUGUCUGGUGAUGAGGGAAAGAUUCCUAGUAGUUAUGUUUACUCAAUGUUGGAGUCACUUCAAUUGUUAGAGUUUAUACUGUCAGUGGAAGAAGUGUCCCUUCCUACUCUACAGAAGAUAAGGAAUGAUUCAUCUAGUAAUGAUGAGAAAGCUUCUCUUUUCUUGGAAACUAUAAAUGAUGAUCCUAAUACAAUAUUAGCACUGAGACAAGAGAAGGAACAACAUGACAAAG